AUGUUUGCUCUGGUGCUGGUGCUGGGGCCUCUGGUGCUGCCGGAGUACUCCAUCCAUGGGCUCUUCUGCAUCAUGUUCCUCUGUGCUCAGGAGUGGCUGACGGUGGGCCUCAACAUCCCCCUGCUCUUCUACAACACAUGGAGGUACUUCCAUUCCCCCACCGACACCAAGGAGCUGCUGUACGACCCGGCGUCGGUCAUGAACGGAGACACGCUCAAGUUCUGCCUGAAGGAGGCCUGGUGCAAGCUCUCCUUCUUCGUCCUGUCCUUCUUCUACUACCUGUACUGUGUGUGGAACCUGGAUAUUUCCCUCUAA